CGGGCUCAUGGUAAUGCACCAGAUGUUGAUGAUGAAGACAUUUUGCCUGAAUUUGAAGACCUUCUAUCUGGGGAGAUUGAAUACCCAUUACCUACUAAUAAAUUCACUGCACCAGAGAAAGAUAAAGUUUAUGAAACUGAGAUGGCAAACAAUGCAAGUGAAUUAGAGCGGUUGCGCAACUUAGUGAAAGAAUUGGAAGAGAGGGAAGUAAAGCUAGAGGGCGAGUUGCUCGAGUACUAUGGCUUAAAGGAGCAGGAGACGAAUAUUGUUGAAUUACAAAGGCAGCUCAAGAUCAAGACAGUUGAGAUUGACAUGCUCAAUAUUACUAUAAACUCCUUGCAAGCUGAGAGGAAAAAGCUUCAAGAAGAAAUUUUACGGAGUGCUUCUGUGAAGAAGGAGCUGGAGUUAGCGAGGAACAAGAUCAAGGAGCUGCAGAGGCAAAUACAGCUUGAUGCUAACCAGACAAAAGGACAGUUGUUGUUACUCAAGCAACAGGUUUCUGGUCUUCAGGCCAAAGAGGAAGAAGCCAUAAAAAAAAAUGCUGAGGUGGAGAAGAAGCUGAAAGCCGUUCAGGAGUUAGAAGUAGAAGUUAUGGAACUUAAGAGGAAGAAUAGAGAGCUUCAACAUGAAAAGAGAGAGUUAACUGUUAAACUGGAUGCUGCUGAAGCAAAGAUAACAUCCCUCUCCAAUAUGACAGAGAGUGAAAUGGUUGCCAGAGCAAGAGUAGAGGUCAAUAAUUUAAGGCAUGCAAAUGAAGACUUGUUAAAGCAAGUUGAAGGACUUCAGAUGAACAGAUUCAGUGAAGUUGAAGAGCUAGUGUACCUCCGUUGGGUCAAUGCGUGCCUGAGGUAUGAGCUCCGGAACUACCAGACACCUGAAGGGAAAAUAGUUGAUGAACGGGCAGUUCUCAUACACUUUGACUGGCCUGAAGGAAAAGCUGAUGCAUUAACAGAGGCAGCUUUUGAAUACCAAGACCUAGUUCAAUUGGAAAACCAAGUCACCUCUUUUAUUGAUGAUCCCAACCUCCCAUGUGAAGCUGCUUUGAAGAAGAUGUACAGACUACUUGAAAAAGUGGAACAAAGUGUAUAUGCCCUCUUACGUACAAGGGAUAUGGCCAUUUCACGGUAUAGGGAAUUUGGAAUUCCAACUAAUUGGCUACUAGAUUCAGGGCUUAUCGGCAAGAUCAAGCUCUCGUCUGUGCAAUUGGCAAGGAAGUACAUGAAACGUGUAGCUUCUGAACUUGAUGCAAUGGAUGGACCUGAGAAAGAGCCAAACAGAGAGUUUUUGCUUCUGCAAGGUGUUCGUUUUGCCUUCCGAGUUCACCAAUUUGCCGGGGGCUUUGAUGCAGAGAGCAUGAAGGCCUUUGAAGAACUAAGGAGCCGUGUCCAUAGCCAAAUGGAGGGAGGCAAUAAACCAGAAGCAUAAGAGUUUUGUUCCUUUUUACCUUGGCUUUUACCUAUUCCGUGUUCAUUCUUAUAUGGAGUUCUAUAUUUCAUUUCUUCAUCUAAUCAUAAUUACAUAUCAUAUAGAGUGGAUGUUGUACAAUUACAAUUUCAUUAGUAAAACACACCUUAUACUUCAAAA